GUGAAAACUAGAAAAACUAACAAUUUGUGUAGUUUAAUAAUUUUUUUGACUUUAUUUUCGUUAAUAUUGUUGAUUGAUUAUUGAAAUGCCAUGUUAUUGAAAAAUUAAUGCAGAAUUUUUCUUUUGUAGUUAUACAUUUUUAAGUUAAGAUGUUUAAUUAAUCUAUUUAGUAAAUUGGAUUUCUUUUGUUUUGUAUAAUUUAUUAAAAAUAGAAAAUGUGCUAAGAAUUUUUAAUACAAGCCGGUAAUAAUUACCAUACAAACAAUAUGAACUUAGAAUUACUUGAAUCAUUUGGACAAAAUUACCCUGAGGAGUUUGAUGGUGUUUUAGAUAGCAUAUCAUUAGCUGUCACUUGUGUAUUUAAUAAAUAUGGAACAUUAUUAGCUGUUGGCUGUAAUGAUGGUCGUAUUGUAAUUUGGGAUUUUUUAACUAGAGGAAUUGCAAAAAUUAUUACAGCUCAUAUGCAUCCUGUUUGUUCAUUAAGCUGGUCUAGAAGUGGACAAAAAUUAUUAAGUGCUUCUACGGAUAAUAAUGUUUGCACUUGGGAUAUACUAACUGGUGAAAGGGAAGAAAUGUACAAGUUUCCUUCGCCUGUUUUAAAAGUUCAGUUUCAUCCUAGAAAAAAAAAUGUAUUUCUGGUAUGUCCAAUGAAACAUGCGGCUGUUCUUGUAGACAUUGAUGGUCAACACAAAAUAGUUCCAUUAGAUGAUGAUUCAGAUCUCAUGAUAGUUGCUUCAUUCGAUAGACGAGGUCAAUAUAUUUACACUGGUAAUGCUCGAGGGAAAAUAUUGGUAUUAAAUUGUCCUAAUCUUGAGCUUAAAGCAUCUUUCAAAGUUUCAACUGGAAUGACUGGUAUCAAAAGCAUUGAAUUUGCUAGACGUGGCAAUUGCUUUUUGCUUAACUGUUCUGAUAGAGUAAUUAGAGUUUAUAAUGCCAAGCAUGUUUUAGAAAAAGGUAAAGAUGGAGAUACAGAGCCUAUUCAAAAACUUCAAGACUUAGUUAACAAAACAAUGUGGAAAAAAUGUUGUUUCUCGGGAGAUGGAGAAUAUAUAUGUGCAGGCUCUGCUAGACAACAUGCUUUGUAUAUUUGGGAAAAAAGUAUUGGUAAUUUAGUCAAAAUAUUACAUGGCACAAAAGGUGAACUUUUAUUAGAUGUUGUUUGGCAUCCAGUUCGUGCAAUAAUAACUAGUAUAUCUAGUGGACUUGUAUCUGUUUGGGCCCAAAAUCAAGUAGAAAACUGGUCUGCAUUUGCUCCAGAUUUUAAAGAACUAGAUGAAAAUGUUGAAUAUGAAGAAAGAGAGUCUGAGUUUGAUUUAGAAGAUGAGGAUAAGUCAAUAACAAAAGAUGUGCAAAGAUGUGAUGAAGACUUUGAAGUAGAUGUAGAAAAUGCUGAACCUAUUGCAGCAUUUUGUAGUUCUGACGAAGAAGAAGCAUCUGAAGAUCAUAAAGAUGCUUUAAUGUUUCUACCUAUUGCACCUGAAAUUGAAGAUCCUGAACCUGAUAUGCCACCACCACCGGUAGCAUCAAAUUCAUCUAAAUGUCGUACUUUUGACAUUCCUUUAGAUAAUAUUACUGAUGAAGUACAUCCUUUAUUAAGCAACAAAACAAAAGAAAAACAAAUUACUGGAGGAAAAAAAGGUACAAAAAGAGGACUUAAAUCGUAAUAGAAAAAAUCAUUAUAAAAGUGUAAUAUUUUGAUAUAAUGUAAUUAACAAAAAUCAAAUAGCCAUACUUUUUCCUUAAUAAAUUUUAUUUGUUACAAAAUCAUAAAAAAAAUUUAAACAAUAUAAAUUAAGAAACACUGAGUUUUUAUUACAGCACUGCUUAAAAAAU